UUUUAAUACGUGGAAUAAUGUCUAUUCACGACUAGUUUCUCCUCCUCCUCCCCUCCUUUUCCCUGAGUUUAUAGUUCUGAACAAAGCUCUUUGCGUUGCAUGCAAUGUCGACGUUUCUUCGGAAUAUCUCGUCUCUUAAACAUUCUCUCGUUGCUGCUCAGGUUUGUAGGGGAGGGGUGUUAAGUUCAUCUUCUCAGCUGUGUAACUUUUCUACUAAAGGUAGAAGGAAAUCCAAAUCAGAUUCAAGUGAUUCCUGCGACGAGAAUAUGUCCAAGAAAGAUUUAGCCUUGAAACAAGCCCUGGAUCAGAUUGCGAGUUCUUUCGGAAAAGAAUCUAUUAUGUGGCUUGGUCGUUCUACGCAUCCUAGAAAUGUUCCGGUAGUUUCCACUGGUUCUUUUUCUCUGGACAUGGCACUCGGAGCUGGUGGCUUUCCAAAGGGCCGUGUUGUGGAGAUAUUUGGACCAGAAGCUUCUGGGAAAACAACACUUGCACUACAUGCAAUUGCUGAAGCACAAAAGCAAGGAGGAUAUUGUGCUUUUGUCGAUGCUGAGCAUGCUCUUGAUCGUGCUCUAGCCGAGACAAUUGGGGUAAACACUGAGAAUUUUCUGCUUUCGCAACCAGAUUGUGGAGAACAAGCACUUAGUCUAGUGGACACCCUUAUACGUAGUGGAUCUGUUGAUGUCAUAGUUGUUGACAGCGUUGCUGCCCUUGUGCCUAAAGGCGAGCUUGAUGGUGAGAUGGGUGACGCUCAUAUGGCAAUGCAAGCUAGACUGAUGAGCCAGGCUCUUCGAAAAAUAAGCCAUUCCUUGUCAUUAUCUGAAACUAUACUGAUAUUUAUAAAUCAGGUGAGGUCUAAACUCUCGACUUUCGGUUUUGGCGGGCCAACUGAAGUUACCUGUGGUGGUAAUGCCUUGAAGUUUUAUGCUUCGGUGCGUCUAAAUAUUAGGAGGACGGGGUUCAUCAAGAAAGGGGAAGAGAUUAUUGGCAGUCAAGUUCUUGUGAAGGUUGUGAAGAACAAGCUUGCCCCUCCUUUUAAGAACGCUGAAUUCGAGCUCGAGUUUGGCAAGGGAAUAAGCAGGGAAGGUGAGAUCAUGGAUUUGGCCACGAAACACAAACUCAUAACAAAAUCUGUCGCGAUCUAUAGUUUCAAAGACAAGAAAUUCCGCGGCAAGGAAGCCUUUAAAAGGUUUUUGGCUGAAAAUGGAAGUGCUCUCGAAGAACUUGUGACGAAACUUAGAGAAAAGCUACUUGAUGGUGAGAGCAAAAGGGAAAGUCAAACAGAUCUCUCCGAUGAUAAUAUAUCAGAAGAAACGAUCUCAUCUGAUACUACCGAUGAAGAAGCUGUCGCCGCCAUUGAAGCUUAAGAAUGCUGAUGACCCAGAACUGUAACCCCUGUCGCAGGUUAUCUCGUUGGAUCAGCCCCUGGUAAAUUUCUUCAUUGGAUGCAAUUAUGGAAGGAUUCUGAAGGUCCUCUGAUUCAUAGUCAUAUUUGACCCCUUGUUAAGGUUAAUGUUAGGGGUCCGGAUUGAGAGCAUUGUAAUGUUUUAU